AUGCGCAAAAGAAAGCGCACACGCUCGCUCUCGAGCACGGAAGACGCAGACAACACCGCCAACAAUGGUAACAAAAAAGUGGUGGAAAAUGAGGCGCGUGACGUUUCCAGCAUUGAGAGUGAGGCGUCGUGUGAACCAACACGGCCUUUGGGUGUAUUCAUUUGGAGUGACGUGAGCGUGGUGUUAUAUACCUGUAUGCUAAAACAUUUGCAUUACACGUGCGGCGUUCUUGCUAUAGAGCGGUUAAGGGAUGUGCGCCAAAAUAUGAUUUAUGCAUUGAAAUCACGUCUAGUAUCCUUUUGGGAGGCUGAGACAGCAACGCUGAGCGCCAUAGAGCAGGAGAAGCUUGGUAGGGUUUUUCAUUCUCACGUCAAUGCCAUGUUGGAGCGUUUCUCAUCAUUGGUUGCUGCAGACAUGACAGGACGUGACCUUUGUCAUGCGUUUUUACAGGUACUUGACGUGUUUGGGUUCCCUGAAGAGGAGAGUGCCGAGGAGUCGUUACUAGUUGCGAAUAUGCGGAAGAACGCCGAUCCUCACGCGUAUUCGUACCAGGAGCGAACAUCACAUAAACUAAGCGUUUUGCCACGUUACGAAGGGGAUCGUCGAACCGAGGAGCAACAUCGCUUGCCGCGUUUGGGAAGUGUCGUGCAGCUUCCCUCUCCUCACCCACAUUCAGAGAUCAACACGGAUGUUCAGUUGAUUGAACCAAGGAAGCGUCGUCCUCCACUCGACGAAAAUCGCAUCUUUUCUCAUCCAAAGAAGGCGACUUCCUCCGGAAUGGAGGACGUCCUCGUCGACGAGGAGCUGCGCUACCGCUCCCUUGUGGUACUUGGGCGCCAUCUUGAUACCUUUGGGUCACUGCAAAAUUUGUCACCCUUUGUCCGGUUCUCGUUGUGGGACAUUCUUGGGCGGGACGAUGAGAUGUUUGAGCGCCUAACCACUUCCCCCGCGCGGAAUGACGAGUUGUUGGAAUGGCAGAAGAAACAAUUGGAGUCUUUGCGUCGUCUUGUGGCGGAAAAACGGGCUGUUUUUGAUGCUACCCGUGCUGAAGUCCGUGAGACCGCACUAAGUGUGGGAUGGUGCGCCGUAAGCGCUCACUGGCGGGAUCAGGUUCUGCGCGUGGUGGAUGUGGGUGAGGAUGCGGACUGGUUUCUUCUUCGUGACAGCGCAAAAAACGGUUUCAAGGCUAUUUUUCCGAACUAUGCACUUUUUACAGUUAUUAAAGAUAUUGCACUUAAGGCGCUACGACGUGUGCGUGAUGGUCAUGUCGAUUGUGGCGUCGAGGAUGCCGUAGAGUGCUACGAGGUGGUUACACACGUAUUGUUUCCACUUCUUGAGGGGAAGGCGCCUUCAUUGCCUGGAUUGGAGGCCAUGAUUGAACAAAAUAAUUCGAGUGACGGUGAAAAUGGCAGUGGCGGUGAGCGGCAGUCACAGCAAAAGGAAGAUGAGGAGGAAGCGUUGAGGAACUGUGUGUCGGCACUGAUGUUAGAAAAGACAGGAAAUGCGUGUGGUGACGCCGAUGUUGCGCGUGGGGUGCGACUGUGCUUUGACUGUGGAUCGUUUCUCCCACGAGAGGGUUCGACGUGUGCCUUUGUAAGCAACAUGUUUGUAUGGCCAUUGCAGUGUCUGGCUGCUCUUUUGGAGCUAAUAUCUGUGGCGCGCUACUCGGUGGAUGGAAUGAAGAAAUUUGCUGCUGCCUUCCUCCCGUCCAACUGGGGCGAUCAGGAGUCGUUGUUGGAGUUUCUCCUGCGACGCGAGCCUACGAAUAUCCCUCUUGCAUCUCUCGUUGGGUUUCCACGCCUUGUGCGAGAUGUUUUUGUUUCUGCUCAAUGGUUGCGGAAUGACAAGUACUUUCGGGCUGUGGUGGAGUGCCGUCGGCAGGGCUGCGCGUUGCCGCCCGGAGGAGUGGCCAACAACUACCUCCAGUGGCGAGCCCUGUUAACAAUCCUUAGUCGGCUGGAGUACGGCGAGGAGGUGUUUGCACUCACAGUUCAUGAGAUGCCACCGGAUGCUGCGAAUGAAGGGAAGAUGUGGAGCGUCGCGGAACUCGAAUGCACACCCAAGGCGUGGGCUGGAGGACUCGCGCUUAUGAUGACCACAGCCGCAGUUUCUGAGGAAAACUGA